GAACACCUGCCUUCCUGUGGCCACGACAUGGAGCCUGGCUUGGAGUGCUGUUUACUCCAGGGGCUCCUGAGUUGGAAGCACACAAAGGGCAAGCCUCUGUCUUAGAACUGGCCCUGUGGAUUGGUACGGGGGCUGCGGACCCCACCCUGAGUCACCUCUCCAGCCUGAUUCUCACCACUGCCUCCUUGCCCUUGACAUUUCAGCAGUCCAUAAACCUGCACUCCAGGAUCACUCCUUUACAGGAAGCAUUAUCCUGCCUUAAGAAUCUGCCCUUGGCCAGGCGCAGUGGCUCGUGCCUGUAAUCUCAGCACUUAGGGAGGCUGAAGUGGGCGGAUCACUUGUUAGGAGUUUGAGGCCAGCCUGGCCAACGUCGUGAAACCCCAUCUCUACUAAAAACACAAAAAUUAGCCUGGCAUGGUGGUAGGUGCCUGUAAUCCCAACUACUCAGGUGGCUGAGGCAGGACAAUUGCUUGAACCUGGGAAGUGGUGGUUGCAGUGAGCCAAGAUUGUGCCACUGCACUCUAGCCUGGGUGGCAAAGUAAGACUGUGUGAAAAAAAAAAAAAAACCUACCUUUAGCUGGUUGUGGUGGUUCACAUCUGUAAUUCCAGUGACUCCAGAGGACAAGGAAGCAGGAGGAUUGCUUGAGGCCUGGAGUUUGAGAUCGGCCUGGACAACAGAGUGAGACCCUGUCCCUAAAAAUUUAAAAUUUAAAAUUUAGCUGGGUGUGGCAGCCCAUGCCUGUAGUCCCAGUUACUUGAGAGGCUGAGGCAGGAGAAGUAAUUGAGCCCAGGAGUUGGAGGCUACAGUGAGCUAUAAUUACACCAGUGCAAUCCGGUCUAGGUGACAGAAUGAGGCCAAAACAAACAAACAAACAAACAAACAAAACACCUGCCCUUUACCCUUUCUCAACCUGACAAAUUGACUGACUUGUCUUGAAGGUUUGGCACCACUUCUUGGAAGCCUCCUCUGCUUCCCACCUGGGGUGAUGCCCUCUUCUGGAAGGCUCUCACUGCUACACACAGUGGCUGCCGAAGCUCAGCCUGGCUUUAGUUCCAGCCCUACUAGGUCUUCUGAGGACUCAGAAUAUCCAGGUGGAAGGAAGGCUGUGCCAGGUACCAACUACCCUACGUGGGAUCGUCAAGAUAAAUCCCUCACAUUCAAACUAGUCCCCCAACAUCCGUCUACCCUAUUCCUAACAGCAAAUUGCCACCUUUAGUCCACUCCACAGUGCCCUCUGGAAGGGUCAUCAAAAGACAGUUAUGACCGUACCAAACUAUGAUUCUCGACACAGAAUCAAAAGUUAUUUUCAAUUUAUUUUUUUUCUAUUUUAGAACAAUAAUAAUAAUAUUUAAAAUCAUAUUUUCCUGUGAUAUAAUUAAAACUGUGUUAUUUCAAUUGAAUUUGAAAUAGAAUUCAUGGUCUAAAAUAGACUGAAUCCCAGUGUGAACAUAUAUUUGCAUGCCUUCCUCGUCGUCAUUCAGUUGGUGCAAUUGUAAGGCAUGCAAUAAGAAGGGAAGUGAACAUUGCAGCACUGUGGCCUGUGGCCACGGUGAUGGCGGGACAGCCCCACAGAGGCCACACCAGGUGACUCUCAGCUCGGUGGGUGGGAGGGGGAGUGUCUCUGUGUCCCUCUGGCACACACAUCCUCACACAACCUCACAUAGUCUUUUUUGCAUUUGCUAGGCCAUCUCAUAACACCUAGGCUCAUAAAAUUCUGGCUUCCUUUGGAUUAACUAAAGCCAUGGUCCCCCAAGAUGGGGAUUCCAGGGAGCAGGAGGGAGCCUCGAGGCAGCCCAGACUCCCAGCUGCAAACCUCACUUUCCAGAAUUCCACUGCCACAGCUUGGCAUAUACCAAAUGUUGACAAAGAAGGCUGUUCCCGUACAAGGGCCAAUUUUAGAGCAAGCACCCUGUGGUUGGAAAACUGUAAAACCCUCAGCCCCAGAGCUGUGUGUAGUGCUUUGUGCAUGACAGGGCUGGGGCAGAUCUCUCUGAGGCACUCAGGAAAACCAUUCCCUUUGCUUGUGGUGGGCGGCCCCUGGUGGCUGCUCUGCCCUUGCCAAGUGUUACGUGUCUAAGGUCUGUGGGCAUGUUUCUCAUUUGCUGCAAAACAUCCUCCCCACCCUUGCAGAGAAAGAGUCUUUUGUGCAGCACCCUUUAAAGGGUGACUCAUCCCACUUGUGUUCUCUCUCCUGGUGCAGGGUUGCAAGCAAGUUUAUCGGAGUAUCGCCAUGAAGUUCGUCCCCUGCCUCCUGCUGGUGACCUUGUCCUGCCUGGGGACUUUGGGUCAGGCCCCGAGGCAAAAGCAAGGAAGCACUGGGGAGGAAUUCCAUUUCCAGACUGGAGGGAGAGAUUCCUGCACUAUGCGUCCCAGCAGCUUGGGGCAAGGUGCUGGAGAAGUCUGGCUUCGCGUCGACUGCCGCAACACAGACCAGACAUACUGGUGUGAGUACAGGGGGCAGCCCAGCAUGUGCCAGGCUUUCCUUGCUGACCCCAAACCUUACUGGAAUCAAGCCCUGCAGGAGCUGAGGCGCCUUCACCAUGCGUGCCAGGGGGCCCCGGUGCUGAGGCCAUCCAUGUGCAGGGAGGCUGGACCCCAGGCCCACAUGCAGCAGGUGACUUCCAGCCUCAAGGGCAGCCCAGAGCCCAACCAGCAGCCUGAGGCUGGGACGCCAUCUCUGAGGCCCAAGGCCACAGUGAAACUCACAGAAGCAACACAGCUGGGAAAGGACUCCAUGGAAGAGCUGGGAAAAGCCAAACCCACCACCCGACCCACAGCCAAACCUACCCAGCCUGGACCCAGGCCCGGAGGGAAUGAGGAAGCAAAGAAGAAGGCCUGGAAACAUUGUUGGAAACCCUUCCAGGCCCUGUGUGCCUUUCUCAUCAGCUUCUUCCGAGGGUGACAGGUGAAAGACCCCUACAGAUCUGACCUCUCCCUGACAGACAACCAUCUCUUUUUAUAUUAUGCCGCUUUCAGUCCAACGUUCUCACACUGGAAGAAGAGAGUUUCUAAUCAGAUGCAACUGCCCAAAUUCUUGAUCUGCAGCUUCUCUGAAGUUUGGAAAAGAAACCUUCCUUUCUGGAGUUUGCAGAGUUCAGCAAUAUGAUAGGGAACAGGUGCUGAUGGGCCCAAGAGUGACAAGCAUACACAUCUACUUAUUAUCUAUAGAAGUUUUGCUUUGUUGAUCUGAGCCUUCUAUGAAAGUUUAAAUAUGUAACGCAUUCAUGAAUUUCCAGUUUAGCCUUCUGAGCAGGACAUGAAUUUGUCACAUUUCAUUGCAUGGUAACAUGGACUUGGAGUUAGAGAAAGUUCAGUAAAUAGCAGCUAUGUGUGUGCAAAAUAAAAGAAUGAUUUCAGAAAUA